UAGGCUACGUCAUACCUAAACACUGUUAGCCACAGUUAGCUUGUCGCAGGGAGUCAACAUGGCUUUUACGUUAUAUUCUCUGAUUCAGGCUGCGAUCCUCUGCGUUAACGCUGUCGCUGUGUUACACGAAGAGAGGUUUCUGAGUAAAAUCGGGUGGGGAGUGGACCAAAGUGUCGGAGGAUUUGGAGACGAACCAGGGAUCAAAGUGCAGCUGAUGAACCUGGUGCGAUCAGUGAGGACCGUGAUGAGAGUGCCGCUGAUCGCUGUGAAUUCAGUCUGCAUUGUGUUGCUUCUGCUGUUUGGAUGAAAAGGAGCAAAAGAAUUGAGCAGUCUGCUGUCAGGAGAACGUCUGCAUCAGGAACCCUCUGAAGACACUGGAUGACGCCCAGAUUCGCCUUAGCAGUGAAUGUUUUCAACACACCAGUGCAGGGCUUUUUUGCUGAGUCGUGUGUUUUAACAACAGGCUUGUUAACUGACUUUUGAAUAAACAAAUAAAUUGCUGAAUAAGUUUUCAUAAAUUUGUACAAUACCGCAAAUGUUAGUCAGAGCUUUACAGUCAGAGAAUGUGAAAAAUGUAAGUUAUGCCUUGGAAAGUGUGUAAAUUAGAUUAAAUAUAUAUGUAAAUAAUUGAGAAUAAAAACUUUUUA